AUGUCCUGCAAGCUCGUACUGUGUUUUCUCGUAGCGAUCGCGUUUGGGUGCGCCAUCGGACGGAAGCUAGAGUGCAACGAACAGCGGGAGAAUGAGUGCGAAAUUUCCAACUUCACCAUCGUGGAGUCGAUGGAUCUGUCCGAGUACGAGUUCCCGGACCAUCCGCAUUUGGCUUUCGGGACAUACCCGCUUUCGGACGAUUCGACAUACGUAGUGUCCAUCAGCAAGGAGCUAGCGGAUCGACUGCAGUCCACGGAGAAGCUUGAGAUGCAGAACGUAUCUCUGCAGUCGAUGGUGCUCUGGACGAACCUGCGCACGUUGGACGCUUCACAUAAUUACUUCUUCGAGCUGAUCGUCGAGCCGGGCCAAAGUUACCAGCUGCGAGAGCUAAACCUUAGCUACAAUCGCUUCCAGUCGAUCGAUUUCGUGGCAGCUUUACCAGCCCUGCGUACGCUCGAUCUCAGACACAACUAUUUGGAGACGGUUAGCUUCUCCCUGUUCGAUAUGGCCACGGAUCUGUGGAAGCUGAACCUGGCUAACAAUCGCAUCCAGACCAUCUCGACCGAUGGUUCACUGCAUCUGCCGCGCCUUUCCAAUCUGCUGCUGCACGACAACCUGCUGAGUGUUCUGGAUGCGAGCGAGUGGCGCUUUAGCAUGCUCCAGGAGCUGAACUUGGCACGCAAUCGUCUGCGCUAUUUGAGCAUGUGCGAAGUGAACCAUUCGUUCCCGCACCUGCAGACACUGUACAUGGACGAGAAUCGCUGGGAGUGCGGACAUCUGAACGCCACCGUUCGCCAGUUGCUUCAGCUCGGAGUCAAGCCGAUGGCGUAUUACGACACCGAGGAUGAGGAACAUUGCUCCAAGUCGAUGGAAGGAAUCUGCUGCUACUAG